AUCCCUAACCCUAACCCUAAAUCCCUCCUCAGCUCCCUUUCAAAAAAAAAAAAAUCCAUCCAAAGCUCCUCUCUCUUUCCUUAUUCUCCCAGCCGCCGCAGCUCUCUCUCGUUUCCACACUCACAGGUCUCUGCCGCGCAGUCUUUGGCUACCUUAGUCACCGUCGCCGUCGUCGGAAAGAGCCUCUGGGAACUAAAUAAUUACUAAACAUGCCGAAGAAUAAGGGAAAGGGAGGAAAGAAUAGGAAGAGAGGAAAGAAUGAAGCUGAUGACGAAAAGCGUGAGCUUGUGUUCAAGGAAGAUGGGCAGGAAUAUGCCCAAGUACUUAGAAUGCUUGGUAAUGGUCGGUGUGAAGCUAUGUGCAUUGAUGGGACGAAGCGGCUCUGCCAUAUUCGAGGAAAAAUGCACAAGAAAGUUUGGAUUGCAGCAGGUGACAUUAUACUCGUUGGUCUCAGAGACUAUCAGGAUGACAAAGCUGACGUGAUCCUUAAGUACAUGCCUGAUGAGGCUAGGCUUCUCAAGGCUUAUGGCGAGUUGCCUGAGAAUACCCGUCUUAAUGAGGGCAUUGCUGGUGGUCUUGAGGAUGAAGACGAGGGUGCUGGUGAUGAUUACAUCGAGUUCGAGGAUGAAGAUAUCGACAAGAUAUAGAGAGAAAAUUUCCUGUUUAGUUGGAUUGGAGUUUUAUGCUGGUUAUCACCAAAACAAGGUGCGGUAGAGUGGCCAUUGGCAGUGUUCUAUAAAUGCAUUAUUUGAGUUGGCAUUUCAUGAAAAGAAGAUUUUAAUUUUCAGGUUCUGUACUGGCCGUGAUCGAUGGAUAACAUCUUUUCUUAACUAAUGUAUGAAUAUCUAUCAUGUUGAUUGUUUGUACUUCAUUCUUUUUUGAACA